AAGAAGUAUUACAUAGUUAUGUCGUGGCUGAAUAACAUCAGUAAAUGUUGUAAUUAGGACCAUGUCUAUUAGUACAGUUUCAGGUCGCUUAAUGUAACUUAUUUUAGAUGUGGCACAUCGGCAAAGCUCAGAUAGUCCCGUAUUGGUAAAUUUUUCUCGUGGUUGGUCUCAAAACAGUAAUAGGUGUUUGCGCUGUCCAUACAAUGUUAUCUUCCUAAAUUAAUUAUGUUGCCUAAAUAUUCUGCACUUGUCACACGUUAGUCAAUCCCCAAAUAAUUGAGUUGUAGUUUCAUAAAUAGGCCUACUGCUGUCAUGUUUUCCCGCUGUCUAAAUAACUCGAAUUCUAUCCAGGGGGCCCAUGUUGUUUUGAUGGUCAUACUUCCCUGGAUCACCUGAAGACUGCUCUUAAAAGCAUGGAAACGUUGUCCAGUCACAGUGCUUACCUUCUCCAGCAGUUACAGGAGCAGAGGAUACAGGGGCUACUCUGUGACUGCAUGCUAGUAGUCAAAGGAGUAUGCUUCAAAGCCCACAAAAAUGUACUUGCUGCAUUUAGCUCCUAUUUCAGGUCUUUGUUCCAAAAUUCGCCAAGUCAAAAAAAUGAUGUUUUUCAACUGGUCAUUCAGGAUGUGGGAGGUAUAGGCCAGAUACUGGACUACAUGUACACUUCCCAUCUAGAUGUCAACCAGGACAAUGUACAAGCACUGUUGGACAUCGCCCAGUGCUUACAGGUCCCAAAUGUACAGAGCAUGUGCAACACUUUCCUGAAACCCAGCGCUCCUGCCGUGGAGGCCCCUUCUUUCUCAUUGUCUGGUGUCUUGACCUCGGAACACGACUACCUCCUCGGGACUGGCCUUGCCCAAGACGUGGACCUUCCUUGCCCUUCUUCGGUAGGCCAGAGGUCUGCCUUUGGCAGUGGGGCACCAAUGUCUCAUGGUGGGAACGCUACCUCUGAGACUACAGCCAUUACCCAGCCAGUCCCAGAGAAGCAGCUAGUACACGGCUACAAGCUCCGCAACUUCUACAGCAAGCAGUACUUCAAGCAGAGUGCUGCUGCUGAAACUAGCAAUGCAGCAUUAAACCAAGGCCCAAGUCCCCUGGUGCUGGUUGAAGAGCAGCAGUACCAAUUUGGGGUCACACAACCAUGCGCAAAUGCCCCUGUAUGUUCAGGCAAUGCGAUUCAGCCAAACCCACCCUGUCCGCAGGCUAUACCAGCUGAGAAGGAGUUUGGUUCAACGUUGCCUGCUGAAGACUUGUCAACCACAGCCAACCCAGGAGGAAAAGUCUCCCCUGUCAACAAGCCCAUGCGGCCAAAGAAAGCAGUCUACCUGAAGAAAUACAACUACCUACGCCCUCAGAAGGCUCUAGAAGAGAUGUGCCUGGAACAGAGCAGCGAACCAGUCAACCACUGCCCAAAGGAGACUCACCAAGAGGAGGUAGUGGUCCAGAGUGAGACACCUGAAGCUCCCGUAGACUGCCUACCUCCCAUAGACUGCCUGGCCAGAGACAGGGAAGUGGUGUUGGAGACCGCAAUGGAUUCUCAACUUCCAAGUCCACCUCCUGUUGACCAAGAGGAGGAACCGGACCCACCAACCAUCAGUGAUCCAACAGAACCAACUGGGCAUAAGGUGCAGUACUGCUGUGAGAUGUGCGGGAAGACCUUUAAACACCCAAGCAACCUGGAACUUCACAAGCGCUCACACACUGGGGAGAAACCAUUCCAGUGUAAUGUUUGCAGGAAAAACUUUUCACAGGCAGGUAAUUUGCAGACCCAUUUACGACGCCAUUCUGGAGAAAAACCUUACAUUUGUGAACUCUGUGGGAAAAGCUUUGCUGCCUCGGGGGAUGUUCAGCGUCACAUUGUGAUCCACACGGGAGAGCGGCCACACCUGUGUGACAUAUGUGGACGCGGGUUCAGUAACAUCAGCAACCUGAAGGAGCACAAGAAGACUCACACUACAGACAGAGAGUUCACCUGUGACCAGUGUGGCAAGUCCUUCAACAUGCAAAGGAAACUGCUGAAGCACAAGAUCAGACACUCUGGGGAGAAACCUCACACCUGCCAGACCUGUGGGAAGAGCUUUGCAGGGUCGGGCGACCUGCGUCGCCACGUGAGAACGCACACGGGGGAGAGACCCUACCUCUGCAACACCUGCGGCAAGAGCUUCACCCGCUCGGCUGUCCUUAGGAGACACUGCAGCAUGUACUGCAAGGCCACGCCUGACGACUCCAGCCCUGACGUAGAGGACCCAGAGCAGCCUGGCAGUAGCAGUACUGACGGAGGAGGAGGAGACCCAUUCCACAAGCCUGUCAGCCACAGUAAAGCACCUGAGCCCAGGCAACCACCACCAACCUCCAAUACCGUGAUGGAGCUCGAUAAGCCUUCGCCCCCACCAGCACAUACAGAAGCCCCGUCGACGAGCAUCCACCUCAUCCCGUCUACCUCAACGUCCUUCCCCGAGCUGCGCUCCAUCGUGCCCCAGCACCUCCUCCCCUCCGCCCCCUCCCAACAGCAGGAGAAGUGCCCUCCUCUAGCAGACUCACUGAAACUGGGCAAAGCUCACCUACCUCAAGAGGCCCUUGUGUUUGGCCCCUAUGUGGAGAAUGGGCCGGUGGGUGUGGAGAUACAACAGCAGGGGUCUGGGGCCUCGGUGGUGGCCCGGCCGUACCUCUCAACCCCAGACAGUUACUGUGGGGCCCUCCCAGGGGCUAGCCGCCCCAGUGGUACCCCCUACAGGGCAAGUGAGGGACCCUUCUUUUCCAGUGUAACACUAUGGGGGCUGGCCAUGAAAACACUGCAGAAUGACAAUGACCUGGAGCAGUGAAAACUGGAGCAAGUAGUGCGUCUAAUGUGGCUUCCUUUCCUCAUCUCUUUUGUCAGCACUGAUUUGAAGACACACAUGAUGAUCCCUACUGGUGAUCAUCAUUUGUCUGUUCAGUUCUCUCACAUCAUUGUAGGUGACGGGAAGGAGAUGAGGAAAGGAGGUCACUAGUCUAUUCAGAACUAGCCAUAGAGUUCCCUUAUGAUGGAAGACUGAUUAGCACUAUGAUAUUAUCUAACUUCAAUUAAUAGAAUGUAACACUCAGGUUUUUCCUUUUAUAGGAUAUUGUUAUUAAGAUGGCAAAAAAUGUAUAUUCUUUCUGGAUAAGUAUGCACUGUUUUGAAAUAAAAUAUGCCAAAAAUAUAUUUCUUUAGUUUAAAAUAUAUUGUAUUUUCAUGCAGUAAUGUUACAAUGGUGUAUUGUGUAAGCCUGCUCUGUCAACCACACAACAGAGGAAAUGUAUUUCUGGUUCAUUAUGGCUUCAAUAAAUGUCUCCUUUAGUUGC